AUGCUUCGCAUCUCGUCGGGCGGGCAGAAAGUUUUCAUCUGGUUUAUGAUCAUAUCAAUGAACACGAUCCUUGCGACCGGCGCCAUCACGGGUUGGAAAGCCGCUUGCGACAGACCAGCGGACUCGUACGAAGCCGUACUUCCGGGCUCUUGUUGGCGAGUUCAAGAUUCAGUAGUGAUGGCGAUGGUGUCGAACGGCUAUUCUGCACUCGUCGACUUCAUCCUGUCACUUCUUCCAUGGUCUAUAAUCUGGGGGCUUGGGAUGAAGCGUCACGAGAGAAUUGGCGUUGCUGUAGCCAUGAGCCUGGGCAUCAUCGCGGGCCUGGUCGGAGUCAUCAAGGUCGUCAAGAUUGUGACCAUAGCCGAGGUUGCAGACAUUCCGUGUGGGUAUCGCCGAUGA